AUGAUUUCCAACAAAUGUUAUCUGAGCCUUCUUGGCCUGGUCCUUUUCACCUUUCAAACCACCGCCAAGCUCCCAGAAACCUACAAGUAUGGCACUAACAUUGGUGGCUGGCUUUUGAGCGAACCUUGGAUGAAACCAGUCGAGUGGGCCGCAAUGGGGGGCGAAUAUUGCCCCGGAGACAGCUCAACAUGUGCUGCAAGUGAAUGGAGUCUUGCACGCAAAUUAGGACAAAAGCGUGCCAAUGAAGCCUUUCUGAAGCACUGGAAAUCUUGGUUUAAUCAAGAGCAUGUUGACCAACUCAAGGCAUUAAAGCUGGAUCACGUUAGAAUCCCGCUUGGCUUCUGGAUUGUUGAAGAGCUUGUCGAGGCCCCAGCUGAGCUCUAUGCCCAAGGAGGCUGGGCGGAACUGAAAAGAGGACUCCGCCAACUCCGCGACGCCGGCUUCCAUGUAUCACUCGACAUGCAUGCGCUGCCUGGAGUAUCAGCUUCAAACCAGAUGUUUGCAGGAAACGUUACUUCAGACGUCCAAUUUUACAAAGAUCACAACUACCAGCGGGCUCUUACUUGGAGCGCCGUACUGACAUCCAUGUCUCAUCUGGAUCCUGACUUCUCCAGCGUUGUGGCAAUCCAGUGCAUCAACGAGCCCCUCAGUGAUGCGAACCUUACUCCAGGAUUAGAACAAUAUUACUCAGAUUUUGUAACCAUCACUCGCGUCAUUGAAUAUGCCAUCGGUGUCGAGUGCGAGGCUGACCUAAAAAAGUCUAUUCAAAGACUUUCCCGAUCUAAAAAUGCCAUGGUGGCCUUAGAGGCCGCGAUCCCUUUGAUUGUCACUUAUGCUGGCAAAGCAAAAGUGGACGUUGAUUCCAAGAUACUCGGUGUUCUCAAGACCUCUCUGUCAAAUCCCAGUCCAGUCAUAACAGCUGCAGCGCCCGUCAACACUGGGAGCAUUCGCGCCACGUCCAGAUCAAAGAUUUACCCCGCACCGAAAUCCACGAAAGACAUCUUGAAGCGUCACGAAUUACCGCGACGUGAGGAUAUAAAAAGUCAAGCUAAGCGUUCAUCAUGCUUAGCUACCAUGGCCAUGCCUAAAAGAUGGCAAUGGAAAGGAGAGGGCAACUCCAUGGCAAACCAUACUUUGGGACCCGCCGCUUACGAUGAUCACAUGUACUUUGCGUAUGGUGGAGUGGCCGAUCCAAACUUAAAAUCAUACUUGACAACUAUGUGCAAUCAGCAACAUUUCCAGGAAGCGAAAAAGCUUGGCGAGUCGCCGUACGGCCAUGGCGAGUUCUCGUUGGCCAACAAUUUCAACGCGACACACGAUCAACUUCGGCAAUGGGGUGACGCUCAAAGAUAUGUGUUCAACCAGGAGCAUUUUUGGACCUUUUGGAGCUUCAGGCUUGGCAAAGUGAUGGAACCGAACCUCACUCAAAUGAUGAUAGACAGCUGGUCUUAUUUAGGCGCAGUUGAAGCUGGGAUAUGGCCAAAAGAUCCAGCUGAGUAUUACAAUCCCUCGAUAUGCGAGCCCUAUCUGAAAUCGCCCGAUAAACAGGAGAAGACCCAGGAUUAG